UGAGACCAUUACUCGUCGAUAGUCGAUCUUAAUAAAAAGAUAGACCCAUCAAAGCGUUCUACGGUUUUGACCCUUCGCUAUGAUUCAAUCAUAGAGAGAAAGAGAUCAUCCUUGAACCGUAUAUUCCUCGAUGUCGCUCUUAAACCAGCUCUUCAACAGAGGCGUUUUUGGCACAAAAUGCAAAACAUGCUUGAGCUUGGCAAUCUCACGCAUCAAAUUGCUGCAAAACAAGAGAGACACGCACCUCAAACAUAUGCGCAAGGAGAUAGCGCAGUUCUUGCAAGCUGGUCAAGAAGCAAUAGCUAGAAUACGGGUGGAGCAUGUUAUAAGGGAACAGAAUAUAUGGGCUGCAUAUGAGAUAUUAGAGCUGUUCUGUGAAUUUGUUCUUGCACGUGUUCCUAUAAUUGAAAACCAGAGAGAAUGUCCAUCAGAAUUGCGAGAAGCUAUUGCAAGUAUAAUAUUUGCAGCUCCCAGAUGUUCAGAUGUGCCAGAUUUUUUUCAGAUAAAAAAUUUGUUUACUGCAAAAUAUGGGAAGGAAUUUGUCAUGGCUGUGUCAGAACUUCGUCCUGACUCUAGCGUCAACCGUACAGUAAUUGAAAAGCUUUCAAUUAGUGCUCCAGCAUCUGAGGUAAAGCUCAAGGUAUUGAAGGACAUUGCACAAGAGUACAAAGUGCAAUGGGAUUCUACAAGCACAGAAGCAGAAUUUGGUAAAAAGCAUGAAGAUUUGCUGCAGGGUGGAUCGAAGCAGAUAUGCGAUGGAGCUGCAGUUUCUCAAGCUCCAAAGAAACAAGGCUCUCUUGAAUCUUCUCCUUCUAUUGUGGCGGCACAAUCUGUUGUGUCUCCGGAUAGUCAACAAAAAACUCAGCACGUUCAAGCUCCAAGCAGCUCAAACAAUGCACCUUUAAUGGGUUGUAAUGAAAUUGAACCAUCAGUAAAAAGUUAUGUGGCAGGACCAGUUAGUGAUGCCAAAAGGGAGACAAGACCACAAGCUACUGAAAUCCUGGAGAAAGCUCGAGCUGCCAUUGCGUCUGCAGAGCGGGCAUCUGCUGCUGCUCGAGCAGCUGCUCAGCUGGUAAAUGUUAACUUUGGAUCAUUGAAGCUUGAAGAUGGCAAGUCUUCAUAGUGCUGAAUUGAGUAUUUAAGCUUUGAGGGCAUUCUUGUGAUUUCAUCGUGGCAUGCAUUCCAAAAUCCUUGGAAAAGAAAUUGGCAUGGGAAUUGAAAUUCGGUUGCAACCUUUUCAGUGCUUAAUGUCUGAGAACUAAGUUUGGGUCUACAUAUUGAAUUUGGGAAGACACAUGAAGUUAAUUCCCCAGUUCUGUAUAUUUCUUAUGAGUCCAAUCCAGCUGCUGCUUGUUGAUAUUGGAAUUACCUGGACUGAAAGGUGUAAAAAUGUAUAUUUUCAUUUAAAACCCUUUAUAUCCUCCAACUACGAGGCUUUUUACAUUU